ACCAGAGCAGAGAUGAAUAAGACCCUGAGUUCAGAGAACCACUCUAUACCUUUGAAUGAUGGGAAUAAAAUUCCCCUUAUUGGAUUAGGGACCUAUGGCGACCCACGGACAACCCCCAAAGGCACUGCUUAUGAGUCAGUGAAGUUGGCGAUUGAUGUUGGCUACAGACAUUUUGACGGAGCACUGGUGUAUUUCAACGAGCAUGAAGUUGGACGGGCUAUUCGAGAAAAAAUAGCAGAUGGAACUGUUAAGAGAGAAGACAUCUUUUACUGUGGGAAGCUGUGGAGUACAUUUCAUCCUCCAGAGCUGGUUAGACCAGCUUUAGAGAAAACCCUUAAGACAUUAGGGCUGGACUAUGUGGAUCUGUACAUAAUUGAGUUUCCUGCAGCCUUCAAGCCAGGUGAUGACUUCUACCCUAAAGACGAGAAUGGCAAGUACAUCUACCACGAUACAGAUCUCUGUGCCACUUGGGAGGCACUGGAGGCAUGCAAAGACGCCGGGCUGACAAAGUCUCUUGGCUUGUCAAACUUUAAUCGUAGGCAGAUAGAGCUGAUUCUGAAAAAACCAGGCCUGAAGCACAGACCUGUCUCCAAUCAGAUUGAAUGUCAUCCGUAUUUUACCCAGCCUAAAUUACUGAAUUACUGCCGAGAGAAUGACAUCGUGGUCGUGGGAUAUAGUCCCCUUGGAACAUCUCGAGAUGCCUCAUGGGUAAACUUGAAAUGUCCUCCUUUGUUGGAGGAUGAGGUCCUAGUGUCCAUAGGAAAGAAGUACAAUAAGAACUCAGCUCAGGUGGCCUUGCGCUUCAAUGUACAACGGGGGGUGGUGGUCAUCCCCAAGAGUUUCAGUCCGAAACGCAUAAAGGAGAACUUCCAGAUAUUUGACUUCUCUCUAACUGAUGAGGAAAUGAGAGCCAUUGAAGGAUUGAACAAAAACAUCAGAUUUGUGGAGCUGCUCAUGUGGAGUGACCAUCCUGAAUAUCCUUUUCACGAUGAGUACUAAUCCCUGAUGUGAACCUCUGAAGAUUUGAAGUGCUCAUUAUAACUAGAUUAUACACAGCUGCUCUGAGACCCACCUUUCUGCCAUGAUUCUAAAAUAUUGUAAAUCUUUAUUUUAUAUAAGUAUUUCUCCUUCAGCUGCUAUGAUAUUUUUUCCAGAAACGAACAUUAAAACAGGAGGAAAAACAUGACGUGAUAAAACUGACCAGAUGUGGUUUGGGGUAGACAAUAUGUCAACCAAAUAAAUGACCAUUAGAUGGCUGUACCUCACAGCUGACUGGGAACAGGCCACAUUGUAACCAUUCACUGAAUUCCUAGAAUUCUAGAUUCCAGUGAAUUUUCUCCUUGGAGUAACAUAUGCUUCACACUGAUGCAGAAAAUCUUGGUGUCUGGUUCAAUUUCUUAGAGUACAGAUAAAAGCACAUGGUAGAGAGUAGUCAGCAGCUCGAGAACUGCAGAUAUGUUUCUAGCAUGCUUUUUUCCUGUUGCCACUUCAGAUUAUAAAAAACUGAACACACCACUCUUGAGCUAGCAAGACACGUGUGGCCGUGUUCAUAUUGUUUGGACUCUGAUUUGUGUGAAUGCAUCAGAAAUCGGUCUUUCCCAUUUUUACAUUCAAAUCUCAUUUAGGGAACAUCGUGUUAUGUUCUGGGUCCCCCCACCCAAAAAAUAAAGUUACAGGUAUCUUGGCCCAUGAAGUAAGACCUAUGGAAUUCCUAAGCUCCUAAGGGGUUGGGAAAGUACUGGAUGCUCUCUCAUAAAUAAACAGAAAAGAAAUCA